UACAGGAUGAAGAAAAUUCGGUACUUCAAGUUGCAACAAGACAGUCAGCUGGAUUCGCCAGAUUCUUGUUCAACACAAUCGUCCGGAUGCGGAUAUUUGGAUUCAGCGGUCCAGUGCGAUGCAUCCAUAGUGGAGGAACCAAAGAAGACGAAUCUUGCUUUACCUGCUCAGGCUCUCGGAUUACUGUUCGGAGUAUCCUUGACUGUCCUCAUCACACUGAGUUCUUCAAAACAAAGGAUCAUGCAAGCUGCUGUGUCGAGUGGCUAUGACAAAAGCUUUGGCCUGUUCGAUGAACCCAGUGAAGCUGAAUAUAUUAGAGUGCUGGAUGUUCUACGAACGCAUGUCAAUGAAUUGUAUGCCUUCGAUCCACGAGUGGAUUUGUCCACAGACCCCGGCACACAGUUGGAUUACACACUCAGUCAAGGACGUUUGUCUGCUCUUUCCUGGGUGGAUCAAAUGCAGUCGAACACCCUGUGGGAAAUGAAUCUACACAUACCUAAUAAAACAAGCCGGGAGAAAUACUUCAAACAGCUGAUUCAAGAAUCAAGUGAACCGGAUCGAUUGGACCGCUAUGCACAUGUGAUCAUAUUCCACGGAGCCAAUCAGCCAGCCGAAGUGCGUGAGUAUAUCGUUGGACCAAUGCAUUUAAACAAAAUGACAGUUACUGUGGAAGCCACUCAUCCUUAUUUAAAGCGUCCUCUGGGCGGUGCCGAGUACGGGGCGCUAUUAGACCUUCUCGCGAUUAUAUGUGACCAACUGAAGCCAAUACUUGAAGUGUCCUACGACGCAAGUUAUUUCAUGUCGGGCCCUAGCUCAAAGUGGUUGGAUGCUAUCAACUUGUCGACUUUCGACCGAUCGGCAAAGCCAGCCACUCGAUGUCAGUCGUCGGUGAUGCUGGAAAAUGUAAGAGGAAAGGCGCAUUGUCUCAUUCCAUCUUUUGCUUCCCCUCUCGUGACUAGUUCCAACCCAAGGGCACGUCGUAUCUGGUUCCGUUUGGUGCGCCAAGUUGCUCCUUUCAUCCAAUACCCUGUGGACAUACAGUUUGAGAUUGACAUUACGUCACUGAAUCCGCAGCAAUGGACACUGAACCAGAUCUGGUUUCAAGGUCGAACUUACACCAAAGUCACCGAAAUGUUGGAUCUGCACAAGACUGGGUCGUUACAUAUUGUUCCACAACCGUUUAUCGAUCUAUAUCCACAGCAGAUGCGGUAUGGCCCUGGGCAGACUAGAAAGGAUGACGACGAGGCUGGCCUACCUGUAAACGCAGCCAUUUUACCGACUUCCUUUCUCAGCUCAGGCUUCAAGCGGAGGCAGCAGUCUCAACCUGAAUCAGUCAUUCCAGCCAAACCUGUUCAGACACCAUCUUCACCUUUGUUUGGUUAUAACAGAAUACAGAUAGCCGGUCGGCGAGUGAGGUACCAAUCCUGGGAUUUCCAUCUAACUCUUCGCAAGGAAACAGGACUGCGCGUUUACGGAGUAUACUUUGCUGGACACAGUAUAAUCUCAGAAGCUGGCCUAGAUGAGACAGUUACCUCUUAUUGGGGCUAUUCGCCCUUCAUGCGAGCCAUGACUUCCCUUGAGUCUAUGUAUGGGGUUGGUGCGAUGUCUUCAGAACUGAGUCCAGGAAUUGACUGCCCCAAAGAAGCGGUUUACUUGCCUGUACGGCUGGUUUUGUCUGGAGAAUCUGGACCAAAAGUGCUGAAGCACGGGAUAUGUCUGUUCGAUUGGCUUGUUCAACCUCCGGGUGGCCCACUGAGAAGACAUUUUGAGUUUCCAGGUGGCCGCUCAGAAGCGUCGGGGGGCUCGGAAACCACAGAACACACUAAUUUCGCUUUCGGCACGCCUUCACGUGCCCUCGUUGUACGCUCAGUCGCAAGCAUAUUCAACUAUGAUUAUGUUUUUGAUAUUGUGUUCCAUGCUUCUGGAGUGAUUGAAUUUUCGGUUACCCCAACGGGUUAUAUUCAUGUGGAUACAGUCCCUCCGAAUUGGUUUUCCAAUCCCUCAAAUCAGAGUUGGCACGAAAAAAGUGCUUUUGGCUUUGUUUCCAACACAAUGCCACUUUACUUUGUGGCGCAUCAACAUUUAUUCCACUACAAACUCGAUAUUGAUCUUCGGAGCUCUCGAAAUUUCGUGAAGGUAAUCAAUGUUGAUGGUCCGGCGAACGACCCAGUUUCCCCUGUCUCUGAACCACCAACUUUGUGGAUAUCCAGUCGAAUACCACGGAGUGAACUGGAGGCUCGGUUCCAUAAUCAGUUUGAGCACCCAAAACAAUACUUAGUCUGUGAAACCCAGCGUGAAGAGAAACAAGAAAACCCACAGUGUGUUGGUUUGAUCAACAAAGGAGCCGUUAUCACACUAGCAAGUCAUGAGCAUACCAGAUCAUAUGCUUGGUCCAGAUAUCAGCUUGUUGUGACUCGGCAACACGAUUCGGAGCCGUAUGCAUCUUCCAUUUUCAACGGGGUUGAUCUGACUUCACCCACGGUGGACUUUGAAGCCUUCAGCUUGGACAACGAGAGCAUCUUUAAUGAGGACAUUGUACUUUGGUUAACCGUGGGUAACAUUCAUCUGCCAAGACACGAGGAUCUUCCAAACACUGUGACCACCGGCGGCCGUCUCUCAUUUUACAUCCAGCCACACAAUUUGUUCAAGCACAGUCCUGAUGCCUACAGUUGUGACCGAGUAUAUACCAAUACGCUCGAGGAAUGGCUCGAAGGAUUUUCAGAACCAAGUUUCUGCCACACAGAAACAGUGCCAACUCUAUGAACCAAAGAACUAGCUUCUGACAGGUCCUACUCACUGGAGAAAUCGCGAAAUUCCUGCCUGGCGACAAACACAUCCACGAGAUUGAAGCAAUAUUUGUGUAGCUUGACUUUUUUCGAUACUCAUUUUAGCUUUAUCGAUAUCUG